AAACAAAAUCUAAAGUUUAACAAUUUUGACCAUGGUGAUGAUGAUGAGUUUAUUGAAAUCAACAUUAUCGCUGAUGAUGAUCGACGAUUAGAUUUGGAUUCAGAAACCACAACAACAACAGCGACCAUACAAACUUAUCAGGUUAAAUUUGUUCCAGAAAUUUCAGAAUUAAUCGAAGUAAUUUUAUCAUCUUCAGAAGAUUCAGAUGAUGAUGACAUUGAUGUUCAUUUUGAAUUGAAUAGUGGAAAAAGAUUUCGAAAAUUUUUCCGAAAUUUUAUAACCCGAACUAAUCGAUGGAAACGACGUUCGAAAAUAGCAACAACAACAACAACGUUUAACGAUAAUAAUAACAAAGUGAGUGUAAAAAGAAAACUCAAUACAAGUGAUGAUGAUCAUAAUGGAACAAUGUCUCGAAUGAAACCACCAUCAACAUAUACUAUUAAUAAUAAUCAUUCAUCAACAACAAAUAAUCCAUCCAUAUUAUCAACAAAUUUUCAUCAUAAUCAACAACAACAACAGAAUGAUAAUAAUGAUGGUAAUAAAGAAACUAACAAUAAAUUGAUCAACAAUAGUGGUGAUCGAUCAUCGUCGUCGACAACAAUAACCAGUAAAUUAUUACCACCAACACAAAUUCAACCCAAAUCAUCAUCAUUAUUUCGUGGAUUACGUUCACGUAUACCACCACCACCACCACCAACACAAUCAUCAUCAUUAUCAUCGACAUCUAAAUCAACCGGUAAUGUUAAUCUAAGUCAAUCAACAAGACAGAAUAAUUCUUCAAAUAUCGGUGCAAUAUCCAAUAAUAAAAAUAUUGGAAAUGGUAAAUCAAAAUCAUCAUUAAAUCAUAAUGAUAUUGGUUUGUUGAAUAAACCAACAAAAUCAGUACCAUCAUUAGCUUCAUCAUCAUCGUCAUCAUCAUCUUCAUCUUGUUCAUCAUUGAAUCGUGGUGAAAAAAAUCCACUAAAUAAAACAAAAUCAACACAAAAAUCAUUGAAAAUUUUGAACAAAAAAUUCGAACAAAAACAGGCUCAUCAGCGUAGAUCAUCAUCAUCAUCAAAUUUAUUGGCUCAAUCAUCGACAACAACGGAUUUUCCGCUUGAUCAUAUUAAAUCUGGUCCAGCUUUACCACCAAAACCAUUGUUAAAAGAUUCCAAUUCAGCAACAACAACAACAACACAAACGAAAACAUUAUUAAUAUCACCAAUUCGAACACAACAGGCACAGAUUAUUUCGAUGGUUUCUAAUUCUACUGUUGGUGGUACCGUACAACAGCAAAGUCAAAAUAGCAAAAUAGCGGAAACUUCGAAAAUACAAACUUUGAUUAAUAAACCGGAUCUGAAUUGUAUUGGUAUUCCAACAACAACAACAACCGCAAAACCAUUGAUUUAUACGAAUCGACAACAACAACGUUUAAAUUUUCUUUAUGGUAAUGUAAAUAUGCAACAACAACAACAACAACAACAAUCGCCGGUUUCGGUAAAUAAAUCAACAAAUAUGUCACAACAACAACAACAACAACAACAAUCGCUACCUCGUUUAACGUUGGGAAGAACGAAUAAUCAGCCACAACAACAACAAUCAUGUUAUCGUCGACCAUUACCAUCGACAAAUAUCAAUUCAAUCAAAACAAACAAUCCUAAUCAUCAUCAUCAUAUUACUAAUCCAGUACAAUUUCAUGGUAUACAUGGCCGAAUUAAAUCGAAUUAUAAUUCUCAAAUUCCAUCAAAACAAUUGGAAAUGAUUGGUGGAUCAUCAGCUAUAUCAACAUCAGCGACUACUACUUUAUCAUCGAAUCAUUAUUUUAAUCCAUAUAGCCGUUAUCAAUAUCAACAUCCAUUAAAUGUUCGAAAUAAUAAUAAUAAUAAACAACAAUUUCAACAACAAUUAUCAUCAAUAAUGAACAAUAAUAAUAAUGUUUCUUCUUCGAAUAAUCAUAUAUAUCGUGCUGUACCAACAACCAUUACAUCAUCAUCAUCAUUACCAUCAUCGAAUAUUCCACAAUCCAAAGAACAAGAUUCAACGAAUAACCGGAAAACAUUGGAAGAUUUUUAUGUUUCGAAAAAUAAUCAUCAUUUACCAUCAUCGCUAUUAUCGUCUAAAAAUUCAACAGCAACGAAGCGUCCUGUGGUUGAUUAUAAUAACCAAUCGGAAAAAUCUAUGGACAAUUUUGAUUUAUCCGAACAUGGAACAUUUUCUGGUUGUUCUUCAUCCAUUUCAAUGACUGAUGAUAAUGAUUUUGAUGGUGAUGUUGAUGAUUUUGAUGAUGUCAAUGGUUUAAGUUCUGAAUCCAGUAAUAUUGAUAAUAAACUUGGCAAAUUAAUGUCAACAAGCAAUGAUAAUUGUAUUCGAUCAUCAACAAAAUCAAUCAUAACACAACCAUUAUCAUCAACAUCAAUAUGUUCAACAGCUAGUACAUCGGCUGCAUCUAGUUUUGUAUAUGAUGGUCAUCAUAAUCAUAAUCAUCAUUAUCGAACACGUAAUGGAUCAACAUCAACAUCAUCAUGUUCGAAUCGUGAUUUAUUUUUAAUUGAUGAUGAAAUUGCUGAUCAACCUGAAUUGCUCAUUUCUGGUGGAAAUAAUGGUACGAAUGUUAAUGUUGAAAUAGCCCGACAACAACGAACAAUAAAUCUUUCACAAAUAUCAAAAGAAUCAAUUGAAAAAGAUUGGCCAAUGUCACCGACAAAAACAUUAACACCAACAACAACAAAUUCAACAAAUACAAAUAAUUCUGGUUCAUCAUUAGAAUUAACAACAAUAUCAUCGAAUAUUGAUGAUUUUUCUUUAUCGGAACAAUCGCCAACAACGAUGAAUAAUAAACAAAAAUCAAUCAAUAGUCCUACCAAUACAACAACAUCAUCAUAUGAUUCAAUGUUACAAUCAUUGAAUAAUGAAUUGGAAAAUUUAAUUUUACAAACAACACAGAUUGAUUCAUCAACUUCAACAACAGCGAAACAACAAGCAAAUUCAUUAGAUUCGAAUGAAAUUGAUAGUUCCGAUACGAAUAUAUCUAGUCAAAAUAUAAAACGUAUAGCAUCAUCUAAAUUACGUAAACGUCAUUCGUAUACAUCAUCAACAAACACAUCAAAUCUUAACAAUAAAGUUCCUGUAUUUAGACGACCAAGACCAUUAUCGUUUGUUGAAAAAGAUGAUGGUUCAUUUGGUUUAGAUCAACCAUCAUUACGAGCGGUUGCACAGGAUUUAAUCGGUAUAAAAACAUUAUUAUUUCGUUUACAAAAUGUAUUACAAAAUAGUGAAACACAGAAUCCAUUUGAAAAUCAUCAUCAUCAUCAUCAUUUAAAUCAUCGAUAUUCAUUUGAUUCGUCGAAUAAUUCGACAAAAUCAUUGACACCAGUAUCAUCGUCUGGCAAUGAUCAUUCAUCAUUUGAUGAAUCAGUACAAUUAUUACGUGAAGAAAAUUUUGAUCUACGACAACAUUGUCAAAUGUUGGAACAAAAAUUAACGGAAAAAGAUUCAACUAUUCGACUAUUACAACAACAAAUGUCUAAAUAUACGAUGACCAACUUUAGCAACAACAACAACAACCAUCCGCAUCAUCAUUCACAACGUCAAAUAACAACAACAACGAUAGAAAAUGGUUGCCAAUUCGGUGAAGAUUUACAUAAUAAUAAUAAUAAUAAUAUGUAUUUGAUGAAAAAAAAUCAUCAACAAUUGUCAAAUUCAACAACAACUAAUGAUUACUCAAUUAAUAAACAGCAGAUGAUGAUGAUGAUAAAUUCAUCUACACAAACUGAAUGAAUUGUUUGUUUGUGUUUUAAUCAUUAUCGUAAAAAUUCAUUUAUCUGACGACAACAUGUGAAUUUUAUAACCGAAAAGGUGACAAUUUGAAAAGAAAUUGGCGAUAAAUCAAACCCACCGCGGUACACUGUUAAAAUAGUCGAUAAGCGGAUGAUAUUCGAAAAAUACUCAAUUGUGUUAAAAUAGUUUUUAGAAAAAAAAAUCGAACGUUAACUGUGAUCUGAUCUGAUAAUAAUCCUAAAUAAACAAAUGAUCAGCCAGAAUUCAAAAUUGUAAUUUUUUUUCUAUAAAAAACAUUUAAAAUAAAUCUAAUUAAUGUGGGAAAUGAAUAAAGAAAAACGAUGAAAUCAAAUUCCAUUUGAAUCGGAAA